UGGAGCAUUUAGAUUUGGCAAAGGAGAUGUUGCAGAUCAAAAUCAGUUCAGAGAUUAAGACCUACUCAGAAAGUAAAAGAACUUCCUCUUUACUCAUAAUGCUUCAAUCUUAUCAUCAUUCACUAGAUUUUGAGCUUCUGAAAGGUUGUUGUAUCUUAAGUGUAUAUUUGUCAUGGAGCUCUUGGAAAGAAAGGAAUUUUUUGAAAUAAGGCAUCUCCGUUGGCAUUCCCAUCUACAAAUAAUUUAUGCCUUUUCCUAAAGUCGAAUAAAAAAGAAGCAAUAUAUUAAGUUUUUGAAAUGCUGAUUUCCUGACAAGGUAAAAAGCUUUAUGAUAUAUCACAUUCCUGGAGUCACUGCUAGUAUCUCUCCAUACUUAAAUGAACUUGUUGGAAUCAGCUUCAAAGUUUUGAAAGAGAUGAAGUUCCAAGAUUUUCUGGUCAAGUCUAGCCAACUGAAGAGGCUAAUUACAUCAUUCAAGCAUGUUAAUGCUCUGAAAUUUUAUUCCUGCAAACUGACUAUCCAUAAUAUUCCUGAUUUUUCUAAAUCAUUAGAAAAUACAAAGAUUCGAGAGCUCAGUUUUGCAGGAUCAAGCUUUCUUGAUAGUACAUGAGCAUUAGCUUUGAAUAAGCCAUUAAGCACCCCACGCUCCAACCUGAGCCUCUUCCUUACGUUACUCAAAGGCUUGGGCUCUUCCCCUUGCCUCAACCUAAGCUUACAAACCCUGAACCUUCAGAGCUGCUUGACCAGGGCUGAAAUCCAAGAGGUCCUCGCCAGCAGUGGCCUCAGUAGAGUCAAGUUCAAAAUAUAAUACAGUUGUU